CGCUGUGAUAGUCAUAUAGUAUACGCAAUAAAAAAUAUUGUUGGUUUUAAUUGAUAUCCAUUUAAUCAAUUUAACCAAUCAUUUAAUAAUAUAUAUUCAUCGACUACUGUGAUUGACUUAAAACAACUGGUCUGAUAGGAUGGAUACCCAAACGGAAGACGAAAACUUCGAAGCGUUGCGUCUGUUGAUGAGGCCGUCGAUGACGGAAACUGAGGACAAUAAUCCGUUGAAUAUUAUUGGCAAAUACGCCUCCGAAUGGCCUAGUUGACUUAAUGUAGUAACCAAUGACUACGGUGAUGAUGGUGGUGAAGGAGGAGGCGUAGUAGGAGGUAUCGAUGUCUGCGGCGGCGGCGGCGGCGGCGGUGAUAGCGGAGGACAGCAGCAGACAAUCGAUGCCCUACUGUUGAUGGCCAACGACGAGUUGACUGUCGAACAGGUACUUGACGUACCCGUCUGGUCCAAUGAGCUCAAAGAGGCCCGUUUCGCGACACUGGAACAGUUCGAAGAGUUUAUGAUCGAUUGCGAAAGUCUUCUUCAGCAACAGCUGGUUACCUACGAUUACAAUACAUUCAAUUCGUUUCUCCAGUUUUACAAUAACUAUCGUAAAGAGAAUAACAAGAAGAAGCAGAAGAAGAACACUAACAACAACAACAACAAUAAUAAUCGUCCAGCGAUUCCGUUGAUAAACUUUGUGUCCAACUAUAAGAGUCGUAUAGCUAAGGAUAGCUUGUCGUGUGUCGGCCUAUCGAUUCAGUUGAUCCGUAAGUUGCGUCAAACGAAUCAACGAUUUAGUCGAUCGAUUGGUUUGGUGUCCUGCGAGGAAGCGGUCAAAGAUACCGGAGCCUAUACUAUACAAUCGCCAAACAAUGUCAAAGAACAUUGUAUGGUCUGUAUUAAGGUCAACAUUGGUGGCCGCCGAUCGGGCUACGCCCUACUGGAUCCUGGCUAUCAUAUUGCCCGACCGAUUAUCGUAAUGGAGGACAACUGUUAUCCGCAUACGUCGUGGUUCACUUUUUCGGCCAAUCCGAAAGUAACCAAAGAGUACUGCUAUUUCCUGAUUGACCAUCAGUUUAUUGGCUGGAAGGUACGGGAAACCCGUAACGGUAUACUCGAUGAAUGGGAAAACUUGAUUUACGUGAACAGACAGUUCGCUAAAUGUCUAACCAUUACGGAGAAGCGAUCGUUAAUCUAUUCGAUGAAGUCGCUGGUGGUUCGCAAUCGUAAGGGACCGGUGGCUGGUAUUUAUUCGUGGAUCGAAUCCAAUAGUGUGACACUAUUUUACGAGGACAAUGGCCGACGGGUACAGAAAAAGUUGGACAUCAAUCAGAUUGGCUCGGAUUGGAAUGUCAUCGAUGAAUGGCUGGAAAAGAUUGCCUCCUUUAUGAACGACGGCAGCGGUGGCAUCGGUGGUGGCAUCGGUGGCCAUGGCAUCGAUGAACGGGUCAAACAGUUACGCCAUAUGUUGUUGGCGUUCAAAGAGGCCCUGAAUGACGAAGAAUUUUUGCCACAGUUGACCGAAAUCGAUAAAUGGAUCGAAACCGAUGAGUAGAUCCCCACCGAAAAACCUGGCGUUUGAUGAGACAGACAGACAUUAAAAAUAUAAAUUUGUUUUUUUUGUUUCUUAAAUAUCCCGAACUUUUACAUUUAAUGGACAUUUAUUUUUUAAUAAUAAUAAUUAAUUGAUUUAAUUGCUAUCUAAUUAUUGAUAAACUGUUUUUUUUAAAUACACUUAUUGUUUUUUUAUGUUGCAAUAG